AUGGACGCGUUUGGCAUCGACUCCACCGCUGAGGACAGCCAGACGCUCGUCGUCCUCCGCGAGUUCCCCCACGUGAUCCCGCUGAAAGAGAGGGUCCAGAUCUUCCAGCGGCUGAUCGAAGAGGAGAAGAAGAGCCAGCAGUGGCCGACCUCCCUUGUCAAGAUCAGGAGGCAGAGGAUAGUGGAGGACGGCUUCAACAAGCUCGGAGUCCUCAGGGAGGAGCUCAAGGGGGUGGUCAAAGUCCUCUUCGUCAACGAGAGCGGGCUCGACGAGUCCGGCAUCGACAUGGGGGGCCUGUACAAGGAGUUUCUGACCCAUUUCAUCGAGCGAGCCUUCCAUCCUGACUACGGCCUCUUCAAGUACUCAGCUGAGAGGCAGCUCUUCCCUAACCCCCACAGCCACAUGAUGGUUCACUCCCACUUGGACUACUUCGCGUUCCUGGGGAGGAUGCUGGGGAAGGCCAUGUACGAUGGCAUCCAGAUGGACCUCUCGUUCUGCGGCUUCUUCCUCUCCAAGCUCCUGGGCAAGCACAACUACCUCGACGAGCUGCCGUCGCUCGACCCGGCCCUGCACAAGAAUCUCAUGUACCUCAAGAACUACGAGGGGGACGUCCGUGACCUCUCCCUCGACUUCACCGUCACCACCGACGAGAUGGGAGGAGGGGAGGUGGAAGAGCUGGUCCCAGGAGGCUCCAACAUCGAGGUUACCUCCUCCAACAAGAUCCAGUACAUCCACCUCGUGGCCGACUAUCGUCUCAACAAGCAGAUCAAGCGGCAGUGCGAAGCCUUCCUGCGAGGCUUCCAGGACGUGAUCCGCGUGGAGUGGAUCAGGUUCUUCAACCCGGUGGAGCUGCAGGUGCUGAUCAGCGGGGAAGACGACGGCGGGUUCGACGUCGAGGACCUCAAGGCUCACACGGUCUACUCUGGGGGAUAUACCUCCCUCGACAGCACUUGCCGGAGGUUCUGGAAGGUCGUGGCGCAGUUCUCGAGCAAGGAGAAGUCAGCUCUCCUCAAGUUCGUCACCUCCUGCCCGCGCCCUCCCCUCCUUGGCUUUGCCUCCCUCCAGCCUCCCUUCACCAUCCAUCGCGUUCACUCCGACAAGGGCUUCUGGGACUACAUGACGGGCAAGUCGGAGGAUCGCCUUCCGACCUCAAGCACCUGCAUGAACCUCCUGAAGCUCCCUCCUUACCCGAGCUCCUCCAACCUCCGCGACAAGCUCCUCUAUGCCAUCACGGCUAACGCCGGGUUCGAACUCUCGUGA